AUGCAGGACGGCGACCCCCAUCGCGUCCUUGCACGCAAUGCCGCCUGCCAUCAGUGCAGGCGAAGAAAACUGAAAUGCGAUGCGAUGCGUCCCACCUGUGGCAACUGUCGCAAGCCCCGUCAACGAGGUCCGAUCAAGUAUGAACCGCCGGAACCGUGUACCUGGGACGAGAUACGUGACCCAUCUGCACGGACACUUCGGAAACGAGAGAACAAGAGACGCAAGAUGCACGAGUUGGAGGCUCCCCAAGACGGCUUCCAGCAGCCUUGGCAGGACCAACAGCAGCCCCAGUCUCAGCAACAACAGCAGCAGAAUCUCUCGCAAGCGGGACCAUCUCAGCCGCAUGGAUCUCAAGGUCAGAUUCCGACAUUGUCACAGAGCUAUGAGGAACAAGACCAUGACAACCUCUACCAAGAGCCAUACAACCAGACACCAGUCAUCACUGAGCCGAUCAAUGGUCUUGGUAUGACUGGCACAGGUCAACCUUUCCAGCCUGGACCGUCCGUAAUCUACCCGAGCACGUUUGCCUCCAACCAGUUCAACAGUCCGGUUCACCCGAAUGGCUCAGCUGGUGAAGCCAGUGGAAGUCGCCUUCCUUCCCGAGCUCCGGAGACCAAGCCUACCUUCAGCGGAGGGCUCAUCUGGCCUGACUGGCCUCAGAAUCUGCCCUCCCCUGCGGUGGUCGACCAUGUCGUCAACGUUUUCUUCGACCGUGUGCCUACGGUCCCAAAGAUGUUCAACCGCGCACACUUGUUCAGCUCCCUGCAGCUUCCCCCAUGGCAUCCAAACUUCCCGAAUACAAUGGUGUUGCACGGCAUUCUGGCGAUUACGGCUCCUUUCCUCUCACCCGAAACCGUAGCCUCGCGCGAGUACUUCCCUGUGGGCACGAAGGCCAGCGAGACCCUCCACCCGGAGCACGACCUCAACAUGGAGUCUUCCAUGCGUUCCAUCCCCUUCAUCUCGGUAAUGGGCGGGCAGAUUGUCGACCAGUCGAACGCUCUCACACGAUUCCAGAUGUGGCAUCGCCGACGAUGCCUGCAGGGAGUGGGAGACGCCGUCAACAGUGGUGACAUCUUGGCUGGAGUGCAAUCCCUGACGCUCGCCGUGCAGAUGGAUUUCGCCAACGGAUGGUUCACUGAUGUCUUCAUGGAAUCUGCCUGUGCCGUUCGCAUGGCCCUUCCUCAGUACCUGCACCUCUCGUCCUUGAAAGAGCGUGACUCCCUCCUGCACAACCCUGUGCUCGUCGCACCUGCACAGUCGGCCCUUGAGCAAGCGGAGCAGGACAGGACGUGGUGGCUGACCUACUACGUGGAGAGAAUGUCGACCUGCGGCACCGCCUGGCCGACCGCCGUUGCCGACAACGAGAUCUCGGUGGAGAUGCCCGUCAUUCAGCACAUCUACGACACCUCUUCUCACGACGGUCUGGUCGGCGUUCAGAGCUUCAAGUCUCCAGACUUCUACUCUGAACACCCGCCGCAGCACAUGGACAGCCUCAAUCUUCUGAUCAAGGCUAUGCGACUGUAUGGCGAAACCAGCACCUUCAUCCGACGAUACACGCAGGACACGCACACGUACGCCCGCUACCUCUCCGACCCGGAACUCCGACGGCUCAUGAUGGACAUUAACACCUUCCGAAUGAGCUUCCCUCCGCAGCUGCGCCGGCCUAUGCAGCCCACGAGGGACGGUGGCGAGGCAAUCGAUGCCGACCUGUUCACGGCUAUCUCUCUAACGCACGCCUGUGUUCUGAACCUCGGCCAAGCCCUGAUUACGCACUUGACCUGGAAUGACGAAGCCGCCAAGAUGAUUCUGUCCGCGGUCCGCGCCAUUCUGUCGCUGCUGUUUGACCUGCAGGCGACCAGCUACGAUUUCAAUUCGUUCAUCUGGGGCCAAGCGACUAGAUGCCUCUUGCGCUUCAUCAAUUCCGCUAGGCUGUCCAACAACCACGUUGCGUCUAAUGUGUUCGAGGCCGAGGUGCAGGAGUUCCACCGUGCCCAUGUGCUGUACGCCCAGCGUCAUCCUCUCGCUGUUAGGCACCUCAAGCUCGUCGAGACAUUCAAGGAGCAGGUUGCCAAGCUGGCAGACGACCAGGUCCGGCUCGUGCCGACACAUGACCUCAUCUUCGAUGCCGAGUACGGAAUCAAGGCUGCUCGCCGCAAGUCUAUCUCGUCCCUCACUUCCCCUGUGGUUGCCGAGGCACUGGCGACACCGACUCCGUCGCAGACCGGAUCGCUGCACUCGGCAGGCAGCCAGACUUCUCCCGCGGCUACCUCGGCGCAACAGGUGCCGCAGUCGAACCAGAAGCUCGGAACAGCCGCGGCUGGGCAGCACCGAUCAGCGUCGCAGCCGGUCACGGGCAGCGCGCGCGUCAAGAUGUCCCCGAACCCUCGCGUUAACCCGAACGGAACGCCUAACGGGCUCUCGAACACGCUCCCCGAAACAGCCAGAGAUUUCCAGGCUGACCCCAGCACCCGCAACGUCGGCCCCGAGGCCAUGGCCAAGCUCGAGGCGUCGCCGUUCGAGCUCAUCGUGAACCCCGAGGACGCGGCGCCGGAACGCUCCUGGGUCCUCGAGCACCUCAAGGACCCCGAGGUUGCGGCCGCGUGCAUCAUGCACGGCCAGGCGAGCGACAAGGUUGACAAGGAGUUUAUCGACGCGUGCGGGCCGGGGGUUAAGUGUAUCUCGACGUUCUCUGUUGGCUUUGUUGACGCGAUCGUCCCGCGGCCCUGGUCCUCCUUCGUCGGACUUGGUCGGCUGAUACCAGACCACAUCGACGUCCCGCUCGCGAACAAGAAGGGCAUCAAGAUCGGGCACACGCCUGGCGUGCUCUCCGACGCCGUGGCGGACAUCACGAUCGCGCUCCUCCUCAUGGCCAUGAGGCGGAUGGGCGAGGGCAUCGAGAUCGUGAAGGAGGGCCGAUGGCCUCAGAUCCCCUGGGCGCCGUUCGUCAUGUGCGGUCCCUCGAUCGGGCACCCGAACCUCACGAUCGGAUUCCUGGGCUUCGGCCGCAUCUCGCAAGUGACGCUCGACCGUCUCGUGGCGUUCACGAACAAGGACCAGCCUCCCAAGAUCCUCUACACGAGCUCGAAGGCGCGCCCGAACCAGGCCGAGAUCGACGCCGACUUCAGCAAACAGUGGGACGGCAAGGUCGCCUCCGUCUCGCGCGUGGAGGCGGACGAGCUGGCCGAAAAGUCGGACAUUGUCAUUGUGCUCUGUGCGCUGAACGAGAGCACGAAGGACCUCGUGAACAAGGACUUCCUGAAGAAGAUGAAGAAGACGGCAGUGCUCGUCAACUCUGCCCGAGGCCCCAUUGUCAACAGCGACGACCUCGCCGAUGCCCUCGACCAGGGCGAGAUCUUCGCUGCCGGCCUCGACGUCAUCACGGGCGAGCCCAACAUUAGCCCGGACCACAGGCUCGUGAAACACCCCAAGUGCGUCGUCAUUCCGCACAUGGGGAGUGCGGACUAUGACACGAGGAACGCCAUGGCGGACCUGUGUGUCCGGAACGCUAUCGCCGGCGCGGAGGGGAAGCCGCUCCCGGCUGAGGUUAAGGUGUAG